AUGCAAUGGCACGAUGUGAACACUACGCCAAACACUCUUUUGCUCACAGGAUCUCCUGGAUCGGGCAAAUCAUCGAUAUGCCAGGUCACUCGAUUUUUCCUUAAAGCUUGGCAUCAGUCCGAAAUUGAGAUCUGCGUCGCGUAUUUGGCCCUUGAUUCCUUUCAGAAGGAAGAGUUAACGGUGUCCGAAGCUUUAUCCAACAUUGUACAGCAGAUGAUGCUGGAACGCCCAUAUCUCAUGGAUCAUGUCAACACGUUGAAAUUCACAGGUGGUCAACUAUCACGAGCAGAGAGUAUCGAUGUUAUAUGUCGAUCAAGACAUGACCUCAAACAGUUUUAUCUUAUUCUGGAUGGGCUAGAUGAGUGUGAAAAUAUGGGUAGAGAGCUUUUCGAGGAUUUACUUACCAUUGAGCCACCUCUCAAAAUUUUAGUUGCUACACGACCAAAUCGGGGCAUUAUGAUGACCUUUCGAAAUUGUGUUAUCAUAAAUUUGAACAUGCCCAUGUCGCUUUCUGGCCAUCUUGAAUACGUGAUCACAUUGCUUGAAAAGGACCCUCGCAUAUUCGGAUAUCUUGAUCAUAAUCACGAUAACGUUGCUAAUGCGGCCAAGAUUAUUACCGAUAAGAGUAACGGAAUCAAUAUACAUACCAAUGCAAUUGUGAACUCUUUAGCCCAGGCAGAAACUAGAGCGGCUUUCGAACUGUUACUAUACGACCCACCUUCGUGCCUCCAUGACAUGUACAAGUUGAUGCUUGACAACGUCCUUCAGCAGCCAGCGGAAUUUACAGCGUUUGCCAAAAAGACUUUGAGGGUAAUGCUACAGGCUAGUAGCCCAGUGAGCAUAAGCCACUUGGCAAAAGCUUCAAAGAAAGAGUUGGAAAGUAUCUCAUACAAACUGCAUCUUGGAAGAGAUCCCACCGAGGGGGAAAUAUUUGAAGCAUGUGUCUCAAGUUGCAAAGGCUUUGUGUCUGCUGCUAGCUCCACCGAUGUUGGGAUGCGAUUACAACUUUUCCAUUUCAGCGGCAAGGAGUUUUUACAAGUGAAUGGACUACCUGAAUAG